AUGAUAACUUCAUGAUUAUGAAUAAAAACAUGAGACCCCAAUUAGCAGAGAAGAAAUUCCAUGAUUUCUUCGAAGCAUGGAUGUGUCAGCUUGAAGAGUACGCCAAUCUUCUGAAGCGGGAAAUAUCCACUCCUGAUCAUCAACAUCAUUGUGACGAGCAGGGGAAUAACUGUAAAGCUUUGAUUAAUAAAAUGACCCAACACCACAAGGAUUUCUACACCGCCAAAUGGGCUGGCGCCCACGAAGACGUCCUCGCAUUCUUCAAUCCCAUUUGGUUGACCCCUUUAGAAACUGCCUUUUCUUGGAUGACCGGCUGGAAGCCCUCCACCUUUUUCCGCGUUGUCAAUUCACUUCAUAAAACGGGCCAGUCGCCACCGUCUCCGGGGCCGGCCGCGGAGCUGACCGACCAGCAACUGCAGAGGAUUGAGAGUUUGAGGGUGAGGAUUAGAUUGGAGGAGGACAAAGUGGAGAGGGAAAUGGAGAGGCAACAGGUUUCCAUGGCGGACCCGAAAUUCGUGGAGUUGACCCGGCUGGUCGGCUUGAUCCGGAGCGGCGACCGUCCGAUGUCGCCGGAUGUUGAUCUGAUGGUGAGCGCGGCGUUGAAAGGGUUGCUGAAUGGGCUGGAAACGGUGAUUAAGAUGGCGGAUUGCGUUAGGCUCAAGACGUUGAAAGGGAUUCUGGAUGUUCUGAAUCCGAUUCAGAGUUUGGAGUUCUUGGCCGCCUCGGCGUUACUUCUUGUUCAGAUGCGGAAAUUGGGGAAGAAACAUAUGGAGAAUUCUUUAAUCACGAACCACCAAACUGAGUUCCGAGAUGAUACAUAGGUUUUUUACAAUAAAACAGUUCGGAAGAGUGCUCUCAUUUCAUACUGUACAAUUUUUAUGCAUGUAUGAUAUAUGUAUGUAGUAGUGAUGAUUUGGUUGAUGUUUUUAGUUAAUCUAUAUAGGAGAAAGAGAUCGAAUAUCA